UAAACCCUAGUUUCCGUUCAGGAUCAGUCGGAAUCGGAUAGACUGAAAUUGGGACCGGCCUCUGCCGAUUCUGAUCCGCAUGGGCCCAAAUUGGCCAAUCUGAUCCGAUACGAUUCUUCAAAGUUCCAAACUCCUCCGAUGUGAGCCAUUCUCGUCUCUUUGCAGACUGGGGGAUUCUCUUUUACCUUAAAUCAAGUUGAGGGUUUUGACACAGAUUGUCAGUGUCCUGGACGAAAAUCGAAAGAUGUCGUCGAAAACCCUAGCCCAAGCUGGUGCUUCUCUUGUGAAUCGCUUCUUAAAUCUUCAUCUUCAACGCCUAUCUAAUUCAAAUAUCAACCUCUGCUCGCGCAGCUCUGACAUCUCUCCUAAGCUUACGCCUUCCUUUUCCGAGUUCCAGAAUUCACUACGUUUUCAAAAGGUGGCUGCUGUAGAGUUUCCCUAUCCAUGUGGCCUUCCUUCGCUCCGUUUCUUCUUACCAGAAGGAAGUGUUUCUACACCAACUGAACCUGUACUUUUACUUCCCAAAAGAACAUAUCAACCUAGCCACGUCAAGCGGAAGAGGACUCAUGGAUACUUUGCUCGUAAAGAAACUAAAGGUGGACGUAGAGUAAUUGCUCGGAGGAUAGCAAAGGGUCGAUCAAGAAUCACAGCAUAAUUAAUAACUGCCAAGAGAGAUUGAGGGGAUUGAUUUAUUGUGUGCCUUGGAACACUCACUAGAAAGGACGUUGUAACUAGUGAGUGUAACUCGUAACAAAGUCUUCUGUUCCAUAGCCAGCUGAUGCUAUCUGUGCUUCUCAAAGAUCGAAAAGGUGGGAGCAGUCUGAUGGCAUAGGAUUAUUGCUCAAUUUGCCCUUUUAUUUUCUGAACCUUUCCAAUUUAUUGGUUUUUUAUUUGGGUGAUUUUUUUUUUGGUCAUUGUCUAAACCCUUCUUCUGGUAAUUUGAAUUUAUUUGAUGGUACCGAGUAAUAUGAAUCAGCCUGAAUUAUUGACCGGAGGAAUUGCCAAGAAGACGAGAUAUUGUUGGGUGAAGUAGAUUAUAUGAUCCUCAUGUAAAUUGUCUUGAGAUUGCAUCAAAAAGCAAUGAAGUACCCAAAUUUUUCUUGUUCA